GUCUGUGGUCCUCUGCCUCUCUGUGUAAAAACGAAGCAGCAGUUCAUACCAGAAGUCGACCUUUGUUUAAUUCUUCUUUUUCUAUCAUGAGCUGCUCAGCGGCUGACCAACCGUUACCUCACGAUGAUUCCAUCUCCCCAUCGCAACCCAAGCAAGCUCGGUCUCCUAGCAUCCCUGACGGGCAUUCCCCAGAAGCCGAUGACGAUAUUUAUUAUGCCAUGAUGUUAUCUGGCUAUCUAAACGAACAACAAGCUCCAACAGAUAAUAACAGUGAUCCAACUCAGCCGGUCGACGGUGGCUCACUGGCCGACCCGGCUGCUUCUGCGGAUGACGAUUUCCCUAUUAGUCGACACCUUGUUGAGGAGGUUGAAAAGGACGAAGACGACAGAUUGGAUUCAAUGGACGAAGCAUCACCGAUUCUAUGGGUUCCUGCGAAUAAGCAUCCCGAAAUUGCACCCAGCGAGUUCGCGACCUGGAUUCAAACACAUGGUGUAGCUACGGCUCGUCGGGCAUCUAUGGUCCGUCGCAAGAAUUCGGUCUUGUCGCAAUCACACACUUCAAUGGACGACGAUGAACAUACCGGAGCACCACCGGACGAAAGUACAACAGAGGAAAGUUCAGGCUCAGUUGAAACAGCAGAAUCAGCAGAGUCAGAGCCUUCUUCGUCCACCACCGUUGAUAAUGAGUUGCCCCAAUGGACCAUAAGCGAUCUCAAGGCAAAUCGAAGUUGGGAAAAAUACGUAUUUGAUCGAUAUCCUUCCUGUGUGGAUAAUUCGCAUGGAGCGGUUCCAAAGAGCAAACGCCCACUGCUUCGAAGGUCAGCUUUGUCAGCACGAGAGAGAGAUCGAAAAGGAAGCAGCAAUAAACUGGUGAUGCGAGGCCAAAUGCGACGGUCAAAGUCGGUACGGCAACGUCAUGGCUCAGUCGAUCAAACAUCAAUUGCUUCUACUCCGCAUGAAGGCAUUACGUUGUACGAUCGCCCUGUCAGUAUGCGUGAAUGGAUCGAUUUGGGUUCAGCUAGUCUUCAGUCCAACGAUUCUCGAAAUGGUAUUCUUUCACGGGUCCAGGAUGCGGAAUCUCAAGUAUACUCCCAUUUUUUGGAAACCAACGAACCCACGGCGGCGGAUCAAGGAGAAGAAGUACCACCGGCAACCGCCACCGGAGUAGGAGAAGAUGAGGAGGAACAAGAUCAAAAAGAAGCGAUACCUUCACCAAUCGUGGAGCAAAAAGUCAUUGCCGAGCCUAUCAUUGAUGACAUUCAGCCGGUCUCUGAAAAAGCGCAUGCAGAAGAUGUCGAACCGACAAGUGCAAAUAUUCUGGAUACUAUUGAUGAAGAACUGAGCGAACCGACAACGAAAGAAAGCGCCGCACCGGCUCGACCAGGGUUGACGGGACGUCCUUCGCUUCAACGUUCAGCGUCAGAGGGGAUUGUUCGAACGAUGAAACCUGAAAAGACGAACAAGCAAGAUAAGCGAUCUUCCUGGUUUGGCGGGUUUUUCAGUGAUAAGGAAAAGAAAUCACGCCAUGCUUUGCGAAAGGUGGAUCAUGAGAAAGCGAAAAGACCACCGAUGCAGCGUGAGGAUACGCCAAUUGAAGAACCUCGACCUGCAUUAGCACGCGUUGAAUCCGCCUCAAAUGUUGCGGUGGCUUCAUCAAAGAAACCCGGAUUCGCUUCCUUUAUCUCCCGGUCACUCAACUUGAAGCCGCAUUCCAAAGUACUAUCAAAGAUUGGUGCCCAUCCGCCGUCGAAAAAACUGCAUCACACUAAUCAGCCACCGCAACCGACACUCCCUUCCACGCCACUUUUCCUUCACAGCUAUCGUUUACCUAUCCACGUUGAACGCGCCAUAUACCGUUUAUCUCAUGUCAAAUUAGCCGAUCCUCGUCGCCCGUUACUUCAUCAAGUCCUCAUUUCCAAUCUCAUGUUCUGGUAUCUCUCCAUUAUCGAUGUACAGCAAGAAACGCAGCAACUCACUUCUACGAAUCCUUGGCGUGAAGACGAAGAUCGCCCUCCACGUCCGUCCACACCGAAAAAAGCGUCAAAAUCAUCGUCGCGAAAAAGUUCACCAUCCAAUACUUCGACCAAGCAUAUUCAUUUUGAGCAACCACCAAAUUCAUCGCCAUCUCCUUCGGAAACCCAUACGGCCAAGAAAGGACAUAAUCGAAUGAGUCGAAUGCUGUCUUCUGCCAAAAAAGGAUCCAAGGAUCUGGCGCAUAAAAUGCAAUCCAUCAAUUCCGCCGGGACCCCUGCUGCCUCUUUCACCUCAACGACACGUCCUCAUCCACCCAUCAACCGCCACUCGGAUUCUGGCGCUGUGAAAUCUUCCAAAAAGCAAGGGAAACACUCUCCCGGUGUCAAUAACAACAAGGAGCGCCCGAAGACAUUCCACGGUUUGGAAAGCGUGUCUAAAGAUACAGCGCAUCAUGAUACGGUGAACGAUGGAACACGUGCAACCACUCCGCUGUCGGAUGACGAUAUGCCUUUAAGUUUCUAUCAAAAAUAAUUUUUACUAUCUACACGUUUUUUGCUUUUAUUUGUAAUAUGUCGCUUUUACUUUUUUUUGGUUUCUGGUUUCGAUUUUAUGUUUUUCUUAACCCAGUAGCAAUAAUAAUUUUUUUUGAUCUCAUUGUUUCUUUAUCGAAUGACAUCAAAAAUAACAACGAUGUCUUGGACCUGUUUCAACAAAAUGAUGCUUUGUCAUGUCAAGGAAAUAUUGUUUGAAUGAAUUCGAUGACAAUACACUACAAAUAUUGCCUAAUA